AUGGUUUAUUUUCAAGCCAAUACUAGCGAUUUUAAGAGCGGCGCAAUGUCGAAGAAGUUCGAUCGAUACUUGGGUUAGUCGAUAAAAUAAAAUCAACAUCUUAAUUUUUAAUGCUUUUUCAGAUCUAGCCACAGACAGUACGUUGGUGGAGCCGCAUUGGGAUGCUAUUAUUGCAUGUUUCGACUCAGUUCGGGGAGGAGAAGUUUCGUAAGUUAUAACGAGUCAGGCAAUGGUGGCGAACGCGGGUGGUUGCCCACCUGUUUUUUCCAUUUGAAUGGGAAUGCUUUUUUUUCAUUUUCAAAACACUCUUAACAUGUUUCGAUCAAUUUUGAAUUUUUUUUAGUAUCACCAUUAAGAGGCGCCAAUCGUUCCGCGCUACUGCCUGAAGAUUGGGGAGAUAAAAUUAAAUCAAUUUUUAGGGCGAAACCAGCACUUUUGUCGAUUCGAAGGCGUUUACAACACGAAAAUCCGCAUGUUGUCCAGCACACACUCCUUGUAUUAGAUGCUUGUGUCAAAAAUUGCGGUAGCAGGGUGAGAAUAUAUUAGAUUCAAUUUUCAAGCCUUUGAAGCUAAAUUUUUCUUUAAAAUGUUUGAUUUUCAGAUGCACUCGGAAAUCGCGACGCGUGAGUUCAUGGAAGACUUCAAGAAUUUGGUCACGGAGAGUAAAUAUGAUGAGGUUUUUUUUUUUCUGAAAAAUAAAAUUCGAGUUAUUCCAUUCUCUUAGGUUAAAAACAAAGCGCUAGAAAUGCUCCAAUGUUGGGCGACUGCUUUCGCCAACAAACCAGAGUACAAAAUGAUCGUGGAUACGCAUAAUUUGAUGAAACUAGCCGGAUUCGAUUUUCCAUCUUUGAAAGAGGCGGACGCCAUGUUUAUGGCGCAGGUUCGUACAGUUGCUGUUGGCUUUAACUUAUCAUGAAUGAAAAGAAGCUUUCAGGUUUUUUUUUUCCAUUCCUCUCUCGAAUCUCUGAAAAUGUUUACUUUUUUUUUAGGUCGCUCCUGAAUGGGCCGACGGACCGGAAUGUUUUAGGUUAAUUUUUUUCCUAUUUUUUAAAACAAUGUCUUCUAUUUUCUGUUUUUCAGUGAAAAGUUUUUUUUUACUUGUUUUUCAGUAAGCAAUCCCUAUAAACAGUAGCGAAAAAUAGGUGAGUAUUUUUUUCUGGUUUUUAAUGUGUAAUUUUUUUUUAAACAAUCCUUUUGAUCUGAAAUUUUAACCAAAUAAAUAGAAUUCUGCUGUUGACAAUUUGAAAUAUUGGUUUGAGCAGAUUCCAAAAUGAAAAAUUCGAAAAAAUGUUUUUUUUGAAUUAGCACCGUAUUCGCAAAAAAACAUGAUCAACAAUAAAAAAAUUCAACAAAGCAGGUAGACCGGUAUUAAUGUCUUCAAAUUGAAAACACUCAAGAGAAACAGAUCUGAUACUUCGUACCAUAAUCUUUUGAUUUAAGAACCGCCUUGCAUUUUCGGGGCAAAGACUUGAUAAGUUUGACCAAUACGCCAUUUGGGAUUUUCUUUCGAACUUUUUCGAUUUUCUUCUUCAAAAUUUCAGACCAAAAAAAUCGCUUUAAAAAAAAAAUUAUGAACGAACAACAAAAAAAAAAAAACUUACCCAUUAUCGCUAUUGUAUGUAGAGAUUAGCUUCCAAUCUUAUAAAGUUCGAAAAAAACCAAACUAAUCACAACCUCAUAUUAGAGAACUUUUUGAAGAUGCCGAACGGCGUUUUCCUUCAUGACAAGGAAGCAUCAUUGCCGUGCGUGUGGACAAAUUUUCUGCGACCGUUGUAGCCAACGAGAAAUGACGUUGCCACAGUUCGGUAUUGAAAAAGAGGUCUGACCAGAGAAGAUGUUUUUAUUUUUCAAAGUAAAUAUUUUAGGUCCGCGUUUGUGAUGCUUGUUUCGAGACGCGAGUUGCCAGUGAGACCGCUAAAAAGGUUUUUUAUUUUGUUCUUUCCUCAAUUUCGAGUUUUUUCAAGCAAAAGGAAUCACAAGCACUUCUGUCCAUGAUUACGACGAAAUCCGGCAAAAAGGAGGACGUGUCGGCUGAAGAGAAAGAGAGGAUUUUGAGGGAACGCGUUAGUGUUUUCAGUCUUGAAAUGGCAAAAGAAAGUUAUCAGGAAGAAGAAGAAUUGAUGUUGGCCUUGGCGAUCAGCCAGAGUGAGGCCGAAGCGAAAGAAUCGGAGCGGAGCCAGAAUUUGUACUCGGUUUACAAUGGCUUGAAUAAUGAUCAACAGCAGGUUCGCCUUUAUUCGAGACGAAAUCGAAGAAGUGUUUUUGGACUUCUUAAAAAUCAAAAAAACAAAGUGAAUAACCUUCAAGAAACUGUUUUGAGGAAACGGCAACGGUUUCGUCAUAUAACUUGUCGGAUAAUGGUAUUUACAAGGUAAUUUGAUUUUUUCGAUGUUUUAAAACACACUCUCCGAGAAAAUCGAUAAAACCUCUUGGUACAAUAACUUUUAAGUUUUUUUUCGAAUUGAAAAUUAUCUCGCAAUCCCUAUGCAACUAUCUUAGCUUGGGUUAAGAUAGGCUCCGAUUUUAGUUUCCAAAUUUUCGAUUUAUGGUCAAGUUACUACAACAAAGAUUCGUUUUUUCAAUGAGAAGUACACAGAAAACUAUUGAAAAUAAGCAGGAUCUGUUUGAAAUAUAAAUGAUGAUAAUACUUUAUCGAAAUUCCGUAAAUUCAUUCUAAACAAGUAAGAACAUUGACAAAGUGAGGUCAUUUUACUUAGCAGUUGGGAUUUUCUAAAAAUUUGCUCAAACAUUCCGAAUUUCAAGAAGUAUCAACAUGCGAAACUUCCUCUUUUUGAUCAAGGAUACCUCAAAGCCAAAGAAAAAUCUCUAAAUCUAUUUUGAGAGUUUUCUCUCCCUUAUCUCUCGAAAACUGAAAAAUUAGGCAGGUUGAUACUUUCAGAAACUUUUUUUGGUGCAUCCAGGAGUGUUUUAGCCAAUUUUCCGGAAAAUCCCGCAAAUUAAAAUGACUUCCCGUGUGAAAUGUUCAAUUCAAAACCCAGCUCACCAAAGGUUUCAAUUUUUCAGGCCUAUAAAUCUCACGAAGGUAUACUCAAAGCUUAAAAAAAAACGAACAUAAACGAAGCAAUCUUGAAAACCUAUGUUUCUUCAAAAAUUUGCAAUUUGAAGGGAAUAGCGGCCGCAUCUGUGAUUGGGGACUCACCCGUGGAAAGUACUGCUGACGAUCCUUUGGCGCGAUAUCUCAACCGGGACUAUUGGCAGCAGAAAAAAGAUGUCACGCAGAAUAAGGUCUUUCUAAUGAGAGUUGAAAAAUGAUGUUUUCAGAAUAAUAUGUUUAGAUAAAAUUUUCAAGACUUUCUCCUUUCAGCUUCUAUUUUAAAUUGCGUUUGAACUAGUACAAAAAGGACUACAUAUAAUUUUUUUUUCAGGUUGAAGAAUGGGCCGCUUCGGCUCCACCACGCAGUGAACCUUCAAUCGCUCCAUCAGUUUGCUCCACGAUCAUGGUAGGAUUCAAUAAUCGAUUAGAAAAAAUCAAAAGAAAAACAACUGAUUUUCAAUUUCGAUUUCUUAUGGGUUUUCGGUGGUAUGAAAAAAACACCAGCGAAAAUUCGAAAUGGCAACUUUUCCGAUUUUUUCAUAUCGCUAGGGAACUUCCCGACGGCCAUCUUUCCGACGGAUAACUUUCCGACUUUUUUCCCCUCAUGUUUUUCGGUUUAUAAAUAUCCAUUAAAAAAAAUUUUUUUUUUCUAUUUGUUUGUGUUUUAAUCAUGAACCAACUACUUACUUUAUAUAGGAAGAUUUAAAACGAAGAUUUUAUCGAGAAAAAAAGUCGGAAAAAGUUUCAUCGGAAAGGUAACCGUCGGAAAGUUCCCUAGCGAUAUGAAAAAAUCGGAAAAGUCGCCGUUUGAAUUUUCGCUGGUGUUUUUUCCAUACCACCGGGUUUUCAAGGCACUUGUCUAUGAGUUUGAUUCAAUUUUUUUCUUUUGAAUCCGCACUUUUGAAGUUCAAAUAUAUAUGUCAGCAAUUGAUCAAGCCGACGUUCUUAAAAGAGGAUAUUUCGAGAAUCCUAUGGAUUCUUCAUGGUACCAGUUGUUUCUUUAGGAAAGAAGACUCUCUGAACUCAAUAAAAAACUUAACUUUACCCUUUUUCUGAGCAUUUUGAGCUGAGAUAUGUAUUUUUGAUGUUCCAAGUGCCUGGGGACUCUACCCCACCAGAUGGUUAUUCAUGGAACAGGACUCUCUGAACACGAUUAAAAAACGUAAUUUGAAUGAAUUUUUCUUUUUGCAUUUUUGAAUUUGAAGCCUUUUUUAUCAAAAUCCAGGCGCCCGACGAAGGUAUGUUGGCCGGCGAGUUCUCGUCGAUGAAUCUGAAUGUCAAUGGAAAUCCUCCUACUGAUGAUUUCAAAGCUCGUACUGAUGAUGCUCUUCGAUGGUGUGAUUCGAUACGCGAACAGGUUGGGAUUAGGUUCUUCGAGAAGUUCCUAGCAUUUUUUUCCUCUGAGAUUGUUUUUUUCGUUUUUUUUUUGAACGGAUAAAAUUAUAAGAAAACGGCCUCGAAAAGUCUUUGAAAAAAAAAUCUGAAACUGUCUUUUGAGUUCCGUAAAAGAUGUCAAAAAGUUUCUUGGAAUAUUUUUUUCAUUUUUUUUCUUUCCUAAAUCUUUCUUUUUAUAAAAGUCCUUUCAAGAACCAAAGGUUAUUUUAGGCCUUUCUGGACUUCGCCAAUGAAUAAUAAAAAAAUUUUUUUCUUUAUUAAUUUUUUUAAAAAUGAGUGCGUGUGACACGAGUUUCCUGCCAAAAGCGCCUUUCAGGUCUAGGCUAUACUAUGAUAAUGUACAGGUGACGGUGAUGGACAACCGAAUCCGGUCGAACGUUGCGAGAGGCCGGCAGGUCAUCAACGACACGGCUAUACAGGACCUGUUCUCGCGGCUCACAGAGCUCCAUUCUCAGGUCCUCAACCGAAUGCACAAUCUGGAUGAGCAGCGAGGUACAUUUCAUGUUUUAUGCCGAAUGAAAGAGAAAAUCCUAGAAUUAGAGUUGAAUUCAAUUCAAUUUAUUCAAACAUAAGAAAAAUCAGAAAGGCUCUGCUGAAUCAUGGUAGAUUUGAAGAGCUCCUUGUUGUUGUGCGCAACAGUUGAUAGUUGAAUGAAGUUGUAAAAAAAAAAAUGAAAAGGAUAAGGGCAUUAAAAAAUAUGGGUUAGGUGAAACAAGUACCGUGUUAAAGUUUUCAUUGCGCAUCGAACGGCUCUAUUCAAAACUUCACAGAUAUGAAUACUUUUAAAGAGAAAAAAAGCUAUUUUAUUUUCCCACCUUUUAAUUUUGAGUUAUUCUUCGGAUCGGUGCGAUAAAAAGAGACACAGAUAAUAAAGGAAACGCAAAUUACUGUUGGGUCAAUCAUGUUGGGUAUUUAUUUAUUAAAAAUAUAUUAUGUGGUUUCGAGGAAUAUGUACAGAAAGAGAGGUUCUAUCCCAAAAAAAUUUUCGAAUACUUUUGCUUCUUAAUUUUUUUGUUUUACUUGUUGAAAUGGCUAUUUCGAUUCUUUAUUUAUUUGUUUUAGGAUAUUACGAAUCCCUGCAAGAUCAUUUGGCGAGUAUUGGUGAGGCACGACAGGCCAUCAAUGAACUGAGGCAGGAGCAUGAACGGCAGAACCAGGUGGAAAAGAAUACUUUUCUGGCUCAAGUUCAAGGUAACGGUUCUAGGAGAGAAUGGCCGAAGAACAACGUCAGCGGCAGGCGCAGAUGCAGCUAACCUUGGAAAUGAUGAGAAUGAAGAAACAUGUUGAGCUUUUUGAGUCUGUCAGAAAAACAAAAUUAUAUAUUUUGUAGGCAAUGCUGAUGGAGCAACGGGAACAAGCGCUUCAACGUUUUCAACAGCAACAGCAAGAGAUAGCAAUGCGACGAGCUCAACAAGUUUCUUUUCAUUCUUUUUUUUUAAAAGAUAAUUCUCAUUCCAGUUCUAUCCUCCUCAAUCGGGUUUCGUGCCGCCACCGGUUCCAGGCCCUCAAGGACAAGGCCCUCAAUACUACGGUACCAUUUUUUUUUCUAAUCAGAUGAUUCUCAGUUCGAUUUUUGUUAUGGAUAAUAAUUAUAAUUUGUGAUAUAAUUUUUGGCAGUGGUAAUAAAAGUAUGGAUUUUCCAGGGUAUCCUCCGACAAAUGGUGGGAUCAAUGGUGCACCUCCAGCGCAGGCUCAAUCUUAUACAGCUCCCCAGCCGAAUUAUCCAAAUUAUCCGCAAAAUAGUGGCCCUGUGUCGGCUUCAAAUGGAGUCAAUCAGAAUGCAUAUUAUCAGCAGGACGUAAGUUUCCCAGAAAUCGCUUUCUCUAUGAAAAUUUGAGGCCCAUAAUUGACUUUAGAGACUUAUUUUUUUCAUUCACAGUUGAGAUUUUGGAGUAGUUCGAAACGUCAUUCAUAAGAUUGAUAAGAUAUUUUUAGAGCUAUUUUUUCCUUGCGCCUGAAGUAAAGUCGGACAAUUUUCCAUAUUUAUUCUUCCGCAUCAAAAUUUUCUGGAAAAACUUUCCAGGCGAAAAAUGAUGUUUUUCUCUUUAAAACUAUAGAAGUGUUCGAUUCGUCACGAAAAAAUGUUGCAGAUUUAUUUGGUUUACCCAAUAUUUAUUCAAAGAACUUUUCAUCUUUACGGGCAAAGUCCAGAAUGACCUUAAAAAAAGCUUUUGGGAAAAAGGCCUAACAGCCUCUUUUUUUUUUGACCCCUUUCAGAAAAAGAGAACAAGAAGACGAAAAAACAGAAGUUUUAGAAACCUUUUUAGAAACUCGAAAAGGAGCUCUCGAUUUUUCUCUUUGAAUUCUUUUCAAAGCCGCCCGUUUCCUUUUUCUUAGUCAGGAGUUUUGUCAAAGCAAAAUAGCAGCAGGCAAGCAACGGUCAGUCGGAGCAACAUCAUGCUCAAAACGCUCCACAACAACAACAACAACAACAACAGCAAAGCCACGUUACACUACAACAAGAUCAACAUUACGCCUUCAAAAACUAUUCGUCGCCGCCACAGCCAAGCAGUCAAUAUAAUUAUCAACCGAACCCACAACAGCAGAACUACAAUGGACAACAACAACAAUAUUAUGUUUGUUUCUUGUGCACAUUCAAUACUUAUAAUCAGUUUUUCCCGACUUGAAAGGCGAGGAAGGCGGAACGCUUAGCGUGUAUCUGGUUCUUGCAAAAAAAAAAAAAUAAUAAUAAUAAAUCUUCUACGAAUCGAUUGAUAAAAUAGAUUUUUUCAGCCGGCGGCUCAGAAAACUCAACAACAAGAGCCGGAAGUUCCACAGCAACAGCCUCCGCAGCAGUAUUACCAAGCUGCUCAAGGAUUUGUUCAAGGUUUGCGUGCAAAUCGAAAUUCGACUCUUUCAAGUUAGGAAGCUUCAGCUGACUUUUCUAAGAUUCUAUUUUCAUUCCAUUUUGAUUUUUAUUGUCAUUAUUUGAUUGAAAGUAAGCUCUUACAAACGUUAAUCAAGGCUCGAAAAAUUACAGGACAUCCGCCUGCCCAGCAACAGCAAAUGCCUGAACAACCAUUAAUUUCUUUCGACUAA